GACAAGAUCAGACAUUGUAUCCCUACUCCACCCGUCCUGACUGUAGCGUCAGUCCUGGUCAGGACGCAGCCUUAGCUCAGUUUGCCUAGAGACGCGUCAACAGUGGUAUCGUAUGUUCAUUCUGUUCUAUAACAAAAGAAGUUAGAAGGUACUUGUGCUAGAGGUCAAUAUAAUUGUACAAAUUAUAAUAGAUUUUGUAAAGCUAUAGAGUUUCCAAGGUCGUUCCUAAAAAGCACCAGCAAAAUGGAUACCCUACUCUAUGGAACUAUUAAUAUCUAUCCAUCCUGUCAAAAUAAAAUUCUAUUCUCCUGUGAAUUUUAUUUUGGAAACUGAGCUGGAUUUGGGGUUGACUGUAGUGUUCAAUGGAUUGCGUUAUAAUUUUUGUCGAUCAAUACCACACAAAUGUUCUGCGCGGACCAAUAGGGAUAUAUAGAGAAGCAUCUUUCAAUGCGCAGACUGCCAGGAGCUACCCUACAGUUUUUCUGUCAGGCUCCGCCCUUAGAGUUCUUCGGGAUAGGAAAACCAUCCUUAGGUUUGGAUUAACCAUGUCUACUAAGAGGCAUUGUGGGCCUAAAUUAAAUAUAAAGCGCAAAAUAAUACGUGAAGGCCAUAAUAGAUAGGAUGAGUGGAUCUCGACAGAACGAAGCACAUUGCUUCAAUGAAAACUCUCCACGGCCACCAGUGCCUGGAGAGGAAACAGGAAACUACGUCAGCAGGUUCCGUCCACAGAGUCCAACUCUGACCCCUAGGCGUUCUUCUCUUGCAACACCAACAGCUUCAGGUUGCGAUGCUUCGGCACCUUUGGGAUUUGAACCGGAAGGUUGCUGCAGUACGACAACUAUGGAAAGUGAUUCACCACCUGCUUGCUUGCGGUGGGCCAGGAACCUGCAUUCCUUGCUGCAGGAUCCAGUGGGCUUGGAAUUGUUCAGAAAAUAUCUGGAUCAAGAAGGCAGACCUCAUGCCAAUCCUCUUAACUUCUGGUUUGCCUGUGAGGGCCUCAAGGAACAAGAUGAUCCUGAAAGGAUAAAUCAAUUGGUUAAACUUAUCUAUAGAAAGUUCUUUCUCAAGUCACAGUUAGCUAUACCAGAAGAUGUUCGAAAGGAGGCUAUUCGUCGGGUUAAAGAAGGAAGAGCGGAUGAAAAAGUAUUUGAUGCUGUACAGUUGGAAGUUGAACGUCUUAUUAACGAGACUACAUAUCCAAACUUUCUUCGAUCCGAUAUGUAUCUUCAAUACGUUCAGUCCUGCCAAAACCCGGAUUCUGGUGGAUGUCCUAGUUCGGGAUCCAGUCGAGAAAUGUCUGUUUCUUGUGGGCCAAGUUUAUUGCCCACUGUCCACGAAGACAGUGAAUUUGUUAGUUCCAUACAUAGCUCACAUUCAGCUAGUGAAACGCCUGGGGAAUUGAGAGGUGAACUGAGAUUGACCAAAGAUAUGCUUAUGGCUACUCAACAAACUAGGGCGUUGGAUCUUCGACCAAAGCCAGAAGCGUAUGCUGGCAUUUACUUGCAACAUGGAACUAGUCCAUAUCAUAUGCUCGCACCCAGACUGCACGCACAAUAUUCCUCAUAUAACCCAGUAUCCAGACAGGAUUCAGAACUUCAAAGCUUAAGCAGUGAUGCACGAACUGAGUCAGACAAUAUGUCUCUCACCGAUUCAUCAGUUGAUGGAGCAUCAAUAAGUAAACAACGAAGUAAAAAACAAUAUAUAAGACAAAGUAGAGCUAUUAAAGAUUCAGCUAGUUUAAAUCGUGAUCCGCUGGCGCAUCAUACUAUCAUCCCUCGUACACAGCGAGUACCGCGUGACUUAAUGCAUCCUCUGAAACCGGAAGAAUUUGCUCAAGUGCUUAUUGAGAAGUUGGAGAACGUUAAACGUGAACGAGAAUCUCAGGAAAAACUCGAUAGGCAUUUGCAAGAGAGUGAUGCGAUUAAUAAAGAUCCAUCAUUGGAAAUGUCAAGUGGAGCACUUAGCGCCAAAGCGCUAGCUGAUGCAUUACGAGAAAAGUUAAUGAUAGAAGAAGAUAACGAUCAAGCAAUUUUGGACCAACAUGUGUCACGAGUUUGGUCGGAUCUAACGCCUUCUCGAUCUCCAGGACUUUCAUCUCCAAGACUGCAUUCGCCUGAAAGAAGACGUUCUACGCACAAUUAUCCACGACCGUACAAACAAAGAAAAGAAAAGGACGUGUUCUCUACAUUUUCAGCAGAUAGCGGUAAUAUUCACGAUUUUCAAGAAGGCAGCGAUCUUGUCGGAGCUGGCUCCAUGAGUUCAUUAGGAUCUCACUUGCCUAAAUCUAAAUCCGUGCCAUCUGAUUAUGCCGAUUCCCUCCAUAAACAAGACUUAUAUCUUCAAGGUCAUGAUCAAAGAUUCCGAAGGUCAGACAUGACUAGAAGAUCAGCCACAAAGAAAUCUAUGACGGAAUUAACUGAUAGUGGUGUUAGCGUUGUAAGUGAUGCACCACCAUCGACAAUUAGCAAAGAUAUUCGUCUUUUAUCAUGGCUUAAAGAAACUGAUAAAAAAGCGGAUAUCAAACAUAGUCGUCAUGGAAAGAAGUAUGGUUCUCGUAGUGGCUCUUUGGAAAGGACAAACAGGGAAACAUGGGGUGUUCCUGCUCAACCUUUUGUUGCAGAUCCAGGAAUGCCACCUUUACCACAACCUCAUACAGCAACCCAAUUAGAAGAAGCAAGAAGAAGAUUAAUAGAAGAAGAUAGAGCACGUUCGAAUAAACAGCGUCAUUCUAAUAUUUCUAAACAAUCAUCUUAUGAGCCUACAAUGCAAAGUCAAUCUUAUGUCCAAUCUAAUCAAUCAACGUUAAAGAAGACGAAGCAAGAUAUUGGAGAUUUUACCACCGUUGUGUUCAGUUUCUGUGACGAACAAUUUCCUUAUAGGACUAAAAUUCCUGGUCACAAUAUCACUUUAAAACAAUUUAAAGAAUAUCUUCCUAAAAAAGGCAGCUAUCGAUAUUUCUUUAAAACCGAGUGCGAAGACUUGGAUACAAAGGUUAUUCAAGAAGAAAUAACCGACGAUUCUGAAGUCCUACCAUUAUGGGAGGGUAAAGUUAUGGCGCAAGUUAAGACGCUCGAGUGAUAGUCUGAAACAAGGAUUAUUCUGAAAAAAAAAGAACGUGCUAUCUUCGAACAAGUGCCGCAACUAAUUUUAUUUAAAGAUGUACACUCUCUUGACGACCUAAAAAAAAAAUGGAUAAAUUUUAAGUUUUUUUCUUUAAAUUAUUAUUUAAUAAAAUAUUGAUACUUUUAAUAUCAUGUUAAACAAUAUCUUUUAUUCUUGUAUAGUUUUUAUCAUUUAAAGUUACAAAAUAGUAAAUAUAACAUUAUUUAUUGUCAUGCUUGGUAGGACAUUUCAUAAAGAUAUUUAAAAUAUAGUGUACAAUUUUUUUAUAAUUUUGAAAACUGAAGAAAUAGCGGCCUUUUAAAAAAAAUAUUUUCUUUUUUCAGUGUCAAAAAAUCAACUUUAAAUAUUUAUAACAACUGAAUUAAUGAAUUAAAAUAUUAAAAAAUUGUACGUUAUAUUUUAAACAUUUUUUAUAGAAAAAAUAAUAUGUUCAAAUUUGAAAUUAAUCAGAAAAAUAAUCUUGGAAAAUCAAUGUGUUAAGUGCAAGCUAAUAAGAUCUUAUAAUUAAAUAAAACAAUAAAAAAUAUUUUUUGUAACUUUAAGUAAUAAAUAUUAAACAAUAAUAAAGUUAAAAUAUUGCUGAACAUAAUAAUAAAAAUUACUUUAUCAAAAUUUAUUUAUCAAUAUUUUAUUAAAUAUUUGUCUAAAAAAAACUUAAACUUUUUCCUCUUUUUUUAGUUCGUUAGGAUUAUGUACUACCUUUAAAGACUUCCCAUAGUUUUCCAAACGACUGUACAAAGGCCCGCGUAGAUUCGCCUUAGUAAGGUCUGUAUAGACCCUAGAUUUACAUAGGAAAGAACAUUAUUACAAAUUAGUUUUUAAGAAGAUAUAUUACGUGCAUUAUAAAUACACACGCUCUGUUUAAUAUACGUAAUAUAUCGCGCAUUCGAAGAUAUUGCGAAAAAAAAAUAUUAAGAAGGUACACCACAUUGAAAUGUCUAAGGUAUCAAUAAAACAUAGGAUUUUUUUUAUUGAUAAUUAUUAAAUGGAAAGCUAAAAUUACAUUAUUAUUAAAAAUUAUAUUAUAUUAUAAAAAUUUUCAUUUAGUAAUUAUAUGUGAAAAAAAUGUCCACAUUUUAUUUAUUUUUUAAACGCUUCAAAAUAGUGUAUCUUCUUAAGAAUCAUGUUUUGUCAUACCACCAUUAUCAUCCAUUUGACAUUGUAAAAUAAGCUCCUGCAUAAACGUAACACAUACUGGAAAAAUAGACGCGCAAUAUGCAUUUGGCAUCGGGGAAACAAGUACUUUGGUGGAAAAAAAAAGAUUAAUUAGUAUCUAGACCGUAACGAUGUUUUAUCAGGUGCGAAAAAUUGUGCCUUUUUAGUGCAGUAAGGUCGAAGUAAGCCUAAGGAAAAAAAAGGUUAAGAGAUACUUAUUAAAUUGGAGACCAGCGGGUCUAAUAUCGAGAGGAUAAAUUUGAUACAUUGAGCGUUUUGUAUAUAUUUUUUUCCAAACUUCAUCGUAGUCUUUGCAAGCUUAAUCAUUAGUAAUCGUUAUAACGCUAAAGAAUACUAUCAGCAUCGUUACUUUCUAAACGUUUGCGUUUCAACGUCGAGUUUUCGUCAAUAAUAAUACGAUCACUCUUACUUUUCUUUUUCUCUGUCUUUAACAAUUUUGUUAGGAAACCAAUUAGAACAAAAAAAAAGAAGAGAAAAGAAAAAUUAAAAAUCGAACGUGUGAUUGAAUCUUCUCGAAUGGCCUUCGCAUACUGGUUCGAUUCUUAAUAGUCGUAGGCGCUCGCUUCCUAAACAACAGAUUUUUAAACUUUUGAUGGAAUGAAAUUAAGAAAAUGUAGUAUCUACAUUGGAAAUUGAUGCCGAAGGAGGCGAUGCACCAUGGCUGAUAACAAUUUAUUGUAUGUAAUUGAUUAUCUUUAAUUAAUACCACGAAUGAUAAAGUGUUCCUGUACCUAAUUAAUUAAUAAUGAUUAUUAUUGUAUAUCAAAAGUAUUGAGAAUAAUAAUGCCAUUUUCACUGGAUUAUAUGAGA